CUCAAUCAAUCAACCAACCGUUUGACUCUCUCUCUCCCAUCCCCCACUCCUGCGCCCCCUCAGUCUUGUUGCUCGCCGUCGUUCUCCGCUCCCUUUGCCUUGACAGCUUUCUCCGCAAUGUCGGCGUUCGGGACGGGCUCCCCAUUCUCCUUCUCCUCCCCUUCAACAUCUACCAACAAAGGGUUCUCGUUCUCCGACUCCGUCCCCAAGAACCCUACUCCUCUCGCCAACACCUUUCUUCCCCCAUCGUCAAUGUCCGCCUCUGCCACCGAUGUUGCAAUGGACACCUUUGAUGAUGAUGAGGCCUAUGUUUACGAGGAGCACCUCGACCCACCAGCCUUCACAAGACAGGACAAAGCCAAGUGGAAGGCCAGUGGGCGAACGCUUCUGGCCGCCGCUGCACCAGUCGGCGGCGGCGUAGCUGCCUGGAUUGCUAAGCAGCCUUCCAAGAAGCCCGAUGACCCUGCGACGCUGUUGGACAAGGAGCUCUCGCUCGCGGACAACAUGCUGUACAUUUCGGCGAUCAACACCUUCCCUCCCGCACUGGAAGACUUCUACUCGUCAACGUGCACCGUGUUCACCAACUUGCAGCAGAUUAUUGCCUCGGCGAUAAGAUUGCCCGAACCAGAUGCCGCCUCUGGCGUUUGGGACACCGAUGGGCAUCUUGUCGCACUUGACGGUGUCGUAGGCCCUCCCAGAGCCGAGACUAUCGUGCACAUGCGCAAAAUCGUCGAAAUGUACCUACAAGAUAUUGAUCGAAUCCGUUGUUCCGUUGACGUUGCGGACGACAUCAAGUUCACAUUCAGCGCGAUGCACGGAAUACUCAACCUUAUGCGCAUUCUCUACCUUCCGGCGGAUGGUCGUGGGCAGACUUUGCUGGGAGAGGAGCUGCUCGACUGGGUCAAUGAGUCCUCCCCGGCUGCUAUCAACGACGAUGGAAAUGAGAUCAUGGGGACGCCACAUCCAUGGGAUAACCCCAUGUUCUGGCCUUUCCUCAACCGCUGCGUCCUUCGCGGCCUCUUUUCCACGGUUGCUCAAUUCCUCAACACACUGUCGGAUCAUCCGCACCCCCCAAUAGUCAAAUUGGGUGCUACCUUGUCGCAGUACGCGUCGUCAUUCCCCCGAUCUGAAAACUACCGGGAAGAUCACAUCUACCUCUCUGAGCACAAGAAGUGGCUCGUCCGCCUCCGCUCUGACGUGGACUCCAUAACCGGUGGACGGAACCGCUCGAACUGGCUGGGCGCAGACGCGAGCCGGGAGUGGAGUGGGUGGGAGGAGAACAUCAAAAGCUUGGUGGAGCUCAUGGAGGGCAAACCGGAUAGGGUUCUAGCCGAAGCGAAUGACUGGCGCGAAGCCAUCGGGGCGUGGGGGCUUCUCGUCGAAGUGUGGCUUAGACGUGAUGACCUUCCCGACGUUGUGACCAAAGUUCUUGACGAGAUCCCGAUCGACACUACCAUCGAGGAGGACGUCGUCCUUUCCAACAUUUGCCUUGGGCCAAAGGGAGUAGCAGCUGCCCUUCGCACAUCACAGAACAUCGACACCUGGCUGGCGGCGCAUCUUGCAGAUGUAUUCGACAAGCUUGGCAUGGUGCCUGAUGACGACGAGUUUGAGCUGUCAACUCGCGACUACCUUCUCCUCGCAUACGCCGACAGCAUUAUGGACAGCCCGAGCCAGUGGAAGCUGUGGCGUGUCGUCGCCGAAUACCUUGCCACGGCCGCCGAGGAAGGCCGCAGCCGUCUGCGCGAGUAUAUCCUCCGCGUCGCUUUGCCGUUUGACUCCGCAUCUGACAAGGACAAAGAGGGAACGACAAUGGACGUCGAGGCGGAGGACGACGACGAUGAAACCGAGGACCGCGAAAUGAAACACUUCUUCGAUCUGCAGAACACGUGCAUGAGCCUAAAUCUGCAUGAGGAGUGGCGCGAGAUCUGCACCAUCUUGGCGGGCACCUUCAUGCGUCGCGGGGAAUAUGGUCGCGCAGCCUCGCUCGCGACACAAGCUCGUGACAUCGAAAUGCUCUCUUGCAUCGCCGAGAAGAUUAUCUCCACCUACAUCGAGCACGGCGCAGACGAGUAUCUCAAGCAGGUCAACUCGCUUCCUGCGAAUCUUCUGAGCGAGGCGCCCAUGCUUUUGGAGGACGAGUUCAACGAGGAGGAGGGUGUCAGCCCGCAUGCGCUUUACGCGCAGCGACUGAUCUUCUUGUCGGAGUUCCGUGACUACCUGCUGUUCAUGGCCGAGGGCACUCGCAACAGGGCGGCAACCCGCCUGGUGAGCCUGAUCGACAGCCCGACAACCCCUGUCGCCUUUGUGGCUGUUCUGCUUGCGGAAAGCGUAGAGCUGCUCGAGGACGAGGAAAUUCACCUAGGUCCUGCGGGAACGUUCGAGCUCAUGCGGACGCUGCAGGAUAUUCUAGCUGCGGCCGACUUCGCCUCGCAUGACUGCCUCCACAUGCUGUGCCGGUACCUGGAGCGCACCGAGGACACUAAAAGCCAGGGACUGGUGAAUGGCGCGAUGAAGGCAAGGAGUGCGGAGAAGAGUGAGGCGCAGGCGCGUGAGAAGCUCGAGGUGGUGCGUCUAGCCCUGGCGCGCAACCUUUCGCGCGCUAUGGUGGCGGGGCUAGAGAAGUAGACAUGUACAGCAUAGAUCUGGCCGAUUAUUGUGGGGCCAUGACAGUCAUGACAUUGCAUGGUGUGUGUUUUGAGA